GUCGAAUCAACCCGCCUGCACUGGGCUCUCGAGCACGACCUGUCUGGGCCGACACGAAUCCUCAAUCCCUCUCUUUUCCUGUCUUUUCUCUCCUCUCCCCUUUUCCUGUCCACCCCCGCUCCCCCCAUCUAACGCCGUUGCGUCGUCCUCUUCUCCAGGCUCGUGAAUUCUACGCCCAUGACGCCUGUAUAUUGAACAAUCCCCGUCCUUCCUUUUAGUCUACGUCUCUUGUUUUCUUUCCUUGUGAAAUCGCACCCAGCCUCUCUCGUCUUCGCCCUUCCGACGAACCGCAGGUCGCCAAUGAAUUGGGGAGAGCGCAGGGCAGCAGGAACUGGAACCGGAUUUGUUACGGCCUCUUUGGGAACGCCCUAGAGCGGAAAGCUGCACGACUGACAGUUGAGCGGCGGCGAACCUUGCCUACUCGGUCUCCUCCACGCCCCCCUGACGCUCCUUGCUCGGCCGGCCAGCUAAGCCCUCUGAGCUGUUUUUUUUUUUCCCUCUCUCUCUUUCCUCCACCUCGACUUGCCUGCAAGUCCCCUCCCAUCCAUCCAUCCAUCCGUCCCCGAGGGCUUGGACUAGACUCGACACCAGACUGUCGUCUCGUCUUCUCUAGCUUGACCUCGGCCAAGGAACGAGCCUCAGCUGCACAGCGUCGAACCCGCCCUGCAUCAUCUGCUCGCCACGACCCGAUUGUCCCGUCGACUUUUAAUUCUCUUCUGGUUUUGCUUGCAAGGAACCAAAAGGUCAAUUUAUUUUCGCCGUCGCAAUAAUCAAGGCAUCAGAUCGAAUCCACUCCUUGAUUAGCCAACGACAUUUUUUUUUCUUGCUGCCCCUUGUGGUCCACACACGACACCUCUCCAAUACUACCACGUUUUGGUAAUCCCCAAUAUCGAGCCGCCCUUCGAUUUCUUCUUCCAUUUGCCCUGCCGACCUCGUUCGACCGGUGAGCGGAAUCGAGUUCCACCACCCACACCUGCUCCGACACUGGCAGCCUGGCAAACCCAGCUGCGGUCUGCACCGUCGGCGACGCUCCUUCGACACCUCCUCUUCGGCAUUUAGACGAGUCUUCCAGAAAGAACGACCAAACCAAACCAGAGACGAUAUCCACCGCCUCUUCAGAUAAACACGUGUCGUAUCUGAUGAGGGUCCGGUCAGGACACGAUAAUCGAUAAUGUCCAGUUCUAGAUCCGACCAUUUGACAAUCGGCAGCUUCGCCCAGGCUGCUGCUGGCCAGCCUCGGUCAAACUCGCCCACCGCGAGCACCUCACCCAACGACCCGUCAUCGAGUGCCAUCAGGUCCCCUUUCGGGCUUUCCUCGGCCAAGAUGCAGGGCGCCUCCAGAUCCGGCGCCGGCUCUCCGUCUCACGACAUGGGUGCCGGCUCGAGCAGAUUAUACUCCAAGAGAGCCCGCGAGAUUCAGGCACAGGAAGGAGUCCCUGGCCUGCCCGUGAACCCGUGGGGCGGCCCUCCAACCAGCGGCAACUCGACCCCGUUGCGCGAGAACAUUCCCGAGUCUCCCACGGAUGGGUUCCCCGACUUUGCCCAACUGCCGACCCCAGAGAGCCUUCCCCAGACGAGGCGGGCCCGCGCCGGGACGGUCCCCUCGCGCUUCUCUCCCGGCGGCGCCGGGAACGGCCUCCUCAACAUACAAGCUCUGGCACCCAAGUCUUCGAGGCCGACACCCUCUCAAAGCCCUUUCCAGGCCCCUUCGCCUGGGCUGGACCCCCCGGAGUCGGCGCAGAACCCCUCGACGCUGCUGUCUAGGCUGCGUGCCGGUUCAAUGCCGCAGCGUAGCCCCUUCGCCCAGGCUCAAAUCCCAGGAACCAACUCGCCAUUCGGGCCGUCCAUUUUUAGUAGCUGGAACCCCACCGGUCGCGAGCGGGGCGCCACUCUGGCGAGCAUUGCCAGCAUCGGCUCCAACGGGCCAAGCUCGCCCGCUCAGUCCGCAUUCUCGCGGGAGGGUGCUGGUGAGAACGACGUACACAUGCGCACGCUGGACUACCUGGGACUCGCCGAGACGACCCCGCAGCCAGCCAGGGCACAGAUCGCGACGCCCUACAUCCCUACGCUUGCCGACUUCACCAAGGCCAACAACCGCUUCCGUUCCUACUCGGUAAACAACAAGGACAAGUAUGCCGACGAGGAGGAAGACGACUAUGACCCGGAGGAGCUUGCCGCCUACGAGGCUAGGUUGGUCGCAGCUCAGCUGCAAGAUCAAUUGGCUGCCACCAAUGCUGCCAUCCACAACCACAAUCUGGCCGUUCAGCAGGCAUUUGCUAGCCAGGCCGCAGUCAACCGCCCGCGUGCCAGGACUGCUGGCGUUCUUGAUGCCCCUUCGCGCAUGAUGAGGGGCUUCUACCCUACCCCAACGCGCAUGGAUAGUACCAUCACCGCGGCCGACAUCAGGCUCUCGGAUGACAAGGAGUUCGAAGAGCUUCCACAGGCUGUCGCGGCGCUCUCUCUGGGCAGGUCAAGCAGCACCAACAAUGGCCUCUUGAGUGUGGAGGAGCAGGGUCUGGAGGGUCCUACGAGCGCCCUAUGGCUCGGCAGCAUUCCCACCUCGACCACGACGUCGACCCUGACCGAGAUGUUCAAGUCGUACGGCCCCAUCCUGUCUGCUAGGGUUCUCACGCACAAGAACUGUGGCUUCGUCAACUUUGAGCGCAUCGACAGUGCCAUCUCGGCCAAGGCGAGCAUGAACGGCAAGGAGAUUUUCCCCGGGGCCGGCCCCAUCCGCAUCAACUUUGCCAAGCCGCCCUCGGCCUCCAACACCCCCGGCCACGAUGGUGCGUUCCCGUCGCCCAGCCCCGAUCCCUUCUCCAAGGGUCAGGACGGCGCCCAGGCUGCGCCCACUGCGGCUGGCUCGGGCGACUCGGCAGCCCAGCUCGCCAACGUCACGCCUACCGUUCCGCCUCUGCAUGAGAUGAUGUCGGACGUCAUGUCGAUUGUGAAGCAGUUUGGAGCCAACGAGGAUGACACGUACCGCAUUUCGCUCAGCGUGCAGCGGGCCAUCCAGUUCACCAACUUUGUUGAUGAGAUUCCUCCCAUCAAGGAGCCCGCUCACACGCGUGUGCACGAUGCGCCCAAGCUUCGUGACAUCCGCAAGAGGAUCGACAACCAGAGCCUGUCCAACGCCGAGAUUGAGAACAUCGCGGUGGACAUGCUCCCCGAGAUCGCCGAGCUCGCGUCUGACUACCUUGGAAACACGGUGGUCCAGAAGCUCUUUGAGCACUGCUCGGAUGACCUGCGCGACGCCAUGCUGGCUGAGAUCGCGCCGCACAUGGCCGAGAUCGGUGUGCACAAGAACGGCACCUGGGCCGCGCAGAAGAUCAUCGACGUCUGCAAGACGCCCACUCAGAUGAACAUGAUCGUUGAGAACCUCCGCCCGUGCACGAUCCCGCUCUUCCUGGACCAGUACGGCAACUACGUGCUGCAGGGCUGCCUCAAGUUUGGUGCCCCGUACAACGACUUCAUCUUCGAGACGAUGCUGAGCAAGAUGUGGGACGUCUCGCAGGGCCGCUACGGUGCCCGUGCUAUGCGGGCCUGUCUGGAGAGCCACCACUCCACCAAGGAUCAGCAGCGCAUGUUGGCCGCUGCCAUCGCCCUCCACAGCGUUCAGCUGGCCACCAACGCCAACGGCGCCCUGCUGCUCACCUGGUUCCUCGAUACGUGCACGUUCCCGCAGCGCCGCACUGUGCUCUCCCCGCAGUUGAUUCCUUACCUCGUUCACCUGUGCACCCACAAGGUCGCAUAUCUCACCGUCCUCAAGGUCAUCAACCAGAAGGCCGAAGCGGACGCCAGGGACACAAUCCUCAAGGCUCUGUUCUUCACCAAGAACGACCACAUCCUGGAGGCGAUCCUGUCGGAUCACGCCUGCGGCGCCACCCUGAUCUUCAAGGUGUUGACCACACCCUUCUUUGACGAGAACAUUCGGAGCCAAGUCGUCGAGAACGUCAAGGCGGUUCUUGUCCGGAUCAAGGCCCAGCCUUCGCAGGGCUACAAGCGUCUCAUGGACGAGGUGGGCCUCUCGACCCGCAACGGGGGCGGCUCGCGUGACCACAGCUCCAACAACGACCGCCCGCGCCCGGGCUCUAGGCAAGCCAGCAUGAACUCUCAUCACCGGGAGCAGCAACAAUCCCAGGGCCAGCAACAACAGUCUCAGGCCCAGCACAAGCAGCAGGUUCAGGCGGCCCAGACACAGGCCCAGCAGGCUCAGCAGCAGGCGCAACAACAGACACCGCCCCAGUUCGGCGGUGCCGGCCAGCAGUUCUUCAACCCUCUGAACCCGGCUGGCGGUGCUCCCGGCUUCGAGGCCGGUUUUGGCAUUCCCAGGAGCGAGAGCGCCGAGCCCGGCAUGCAGCAGUUCCCGGCGUUUGGUGCUCCGCCCGGCAUGUUCGCUGGUGCCAACGGCCCCAUGGCGGCCGUCAGCCUGCAGCAGCUUCAGUACCAGCAGAGCUUGCUGUCCCGUGGGGCGCCCCCCAUGGGCAACUACUUCCCCGCGGCCAUGCAGGCUGGCUUCCCCGCCUUCAACAACUCCAGCCCGUCGUCCAUGGACCAGUUUCGUAACCAGGGUGGCAUGCCCAACGGCAGCCCGAUCCAGACGCCGAGCGGCCAGAUCCCCGGCAUGCCGGCGGGCGCACCGCUCGGCCCGGUACCGUUUGGGGGCGCUCCCGGCUUCCCCAUGCCAGUGGGAGCACCUGGUGCCGGUGGCGAGGGCUUUGGAUACAACAGCCUUCCCGGUAUGCCCAACGCCGCCGCAUACAUGCAGCAGGGGCAGCAAGUCAACAAUGCCAGGCGAGGACGUCAACGAUGAACGCACUCGCGGGCCACUGAACAAAUGUAAAACUCCCACCAGAAACUAGAGCUCUGCUUGAUCAAUUAUCUCUUCUGUCAAUCCACUCGAACUUUUUCUUCAUGUUAUCCAUUUCAACUCCAGGUCUUUCACAGGGAUUUUAGGAACGGCAAGAGGGAGGGGCGCUACGUACUUGCAUUUGUUUCACUCAUGACUUGUUUAUGUGUGCCUCGCAGAAGAGCCUGGCCUCUACCGGGCUUCACCGUCUUCAUCUUGCCUUUGCAUCCAACGUCUCUUUUACCAUGCUCGACAGGGCCCGGAGUUCUUCUUUCCCGCUCUCCUUAUCCCCCUGUGUUCUUCUCUUCUGUUUUCUGGACCGGCAAACUAGGGGGCGGCAAAGAGAAAAAAGAAGAAAAAGCCCACCAAACAUUUAGAGGAGAGACGUGCAGGCCGCUCUGACUCUUGGCGUGCACAAAACGGGAGCAUCUUUUUCCUUUCUUCCUUCUAUGAUUAGGCCAUGGAGCAUACGUUGUUUUGAUGUCGACAUAACUCUGAACUCCUUUCCGAGUAAUGUCCCUCUCGUUGUCACGUCUUGUCGAAUCUGUUCCAUUUUUCUUUUCACGGCCCAACUUACUUGUAAAAUCGAUGCCUUUUAUCCGUAUCAAUCCGUAUGAUCAUGAUCAUGUCCGUGUGGCC